UUGAAGAUCAUUUAUAUUGAAAAACCCAUGAUAUUGCCUCAUCCACUAAAAAAAAGCCCUUCAUUUUAUUCCAAAACUCACUCGGACUUCCAAAAGCAACCUUAAACCAAAUAGAAUCUCCGAUUUCAAGUAUUUUUUUUCUCAAUCGAAAGAUGUUCUAGAACUAUCGAUAGCCAGCUCACAAGCUUCCAAGUGGCCAUAUUCUUUUUCCAUCUUUUCUGCAUAGAAAAUUAUUAAGUAAAAAAGCCCAAGAAAAUGAUUAAACCCAAGGAUGACUCCCAUAUUGAUUGGUCCCAGCUGGCCUUGGAUCUGUUGCUGUACGAUGCGGUGGACAGGAACAUCACUGUGAGCCCGGAACUGGCCAAAGAAUUGCUGAACAUGUGCUUUGGACUCUCGUGUUGUGUUGCAGGUGAUGCCAUGGAUGCGGUCCAUGGGGCCCUGGCGGUGGCAAAAGCCUGCAACCGCAAGUACAUCCUCAAGGCGGAUCUGAGAAUGUUCAAUUACAUCUGUAGCCGGGACAGCGACAGUUCGGGCAGCCCUUCAACGCGAGGCCUGUGACUCUCAGACCUUUUUCUUCGCGACGCCAGUGACUCAGACCUUUUUCUUCGCAAGGCCAGUGACUGUAAGACGGAGGCCUUUGAUUCUUCAACCUUUUACUGGAUCUACUUUCAAUGGCAAAUGCUUUCAAGGCCCAAAACUGAUUAAAACCAGGAUUUAAAUUCA